AUGGUUAUGGCCAUCAACUCCGAAGAAGCAGAGACAGCAUUCUGCAUGAAACUAAUGGAGCUAUGCAGAAUGCUACAACUAGAAGGGCAAAUGUCUCUGCAGAAAUUUUGCAAUGCAUUAGAGCGGAGGACAACAUUUCUGCACAGUCACAGCAGGGACUACAGAAACCUGUAUAAGGCACUGGGUAACACAAUUAUAGAAUUUCACCAUCAUCAGGUGUUGUGUCUUGAAACAGCUCAUGCCCACGAAUUACUGGGCAAGAAGUGCCCAAUAUGUAGCCUGAAGCCAGAGAGACGUGUUAUCUCGAUGGACGCUAAUUUUGGGCUUGUGCACAAGAUGAAUUCUGGAUUUGGACCUGGACUUGAACAUGCUAGAUUUAGUGUGUUUUGUCCAGAUGAUGAUGUCAGAAACUUUGUCAACACUCAUCAUGAGGCAACAUCGAAAUCAAGUAGCAAAUCUUCGGAAUGUUCAAAUUUUCAAGCAGGUGAUCUUGUCAGGUCAAAAAAACAAAAAUGCAAAACUGGACAUCAGAGGAGUGUUUGGUGCUGUGUGUCAACAUGGUUCCCUCUGCAUUUUGUGAAUAUGCAGCAUGGAGAGAGAUUUGGUAUCCUGUAUAUAUUUUACAACGAAUUGCUGCAGAGCAGCUUUUCACAGCUAGUACAAAACAAAUUGUGA